AUGUUGGGGAACAGUAUUGGUGACAUGGUCAAAUGUUGGGAGGCUAUGAAUGACAACUUCAAGUUAAAGCUGGGCAAGAUUAGAGCUUCUUUUCAAAAGAGUUUUUAUGAAGUUGAGCACGCCCACGUAAGUCCAUUUUAUAAUAAUUUACGUGGUUCGGUGUCUCAAGCUGCAUUGAGACGAAUUGCUAAAGAGUUAACACGAGUUGACUAUGUUGGAACUAACAAGGAAAUAUGCCGUUGUACUCUUAGAAUAACCUAUGGAUUACCUUGUGCUUGUGAGUUGACAGGAUAUAGAAUUGGUGGUAUACUGAUACCAAUAGAUGUUGAGCAUGUUCAUUGGAGGAAACUAAAUGUUGUUAGGAAAAAAGCAUUAAAAAGUAGGAUUUUUGAACUUACCUUCCCCACAAUGACUUCUUUGUGUCCACCACCUGAGAAAAUAAAAACCAAAGAGGGAGUCAAGAAGAAAGUUAAAAAACUAGUAGGGUAUGAUGUUUAUAGGGACCCUUCGUAUCAUGAGUAUGUUGAUCAAGCAUCUCAAUCUUCACAGAGGCAAUCUCAACCAUCACAGACUUCGAAGAAGUUGAAAUUACCACAAUCUUCACAGAAGAAAUCUCAAUCAUUACAUGCUUUGAAGAAGUUGAAAUUAUCACAAUCUUCACAGUCAUCUAAGCAAUUCAUCCUUCAGUUUCCUAAUCACAAUAGGUCAUAUAUUGAUGAUGUAGUUAAUGUUAUAUCAGAUGGUAAUUGUGGAUUUAGAUUCUUUGCUUCAUUGCAUGGAUAUGGUGAAGAUGAUUGGCCAAUGGUUCGUUAA